AACGACACUACUUUUCGAAGUUUUGGGGACGAGGAUAUCAACGCUGACCAUAUAUUCGAAACAUUGAAGGUUUAUUUUUACUUUUUAAUCCAGUUAGUGUCGUUUAUAGUAUACGUAAUGCUUUCGUGCUGUACAGUACGAAAUUCAAAAUUAAAUUGAGAGAUCAGCUUAAACUAGUUUAUUAAGUGCAAUGAAAAAGACAGUUAUAUUAAAAAAAUGCCAUCAGAAGGAAGCAAACCGUAUGUUAAGAUUGCCCUUGAUUUUAUGCUUUUAGCAAUUGUUGGAGUUCCUCUUCUUGUCUUUUUGUUUAUUGGAACACCUUACAGAAGAGGAUUUUUCUGUGAUGAUGACUCCAUUCGUUACCCUUAUAAAGACUCGACCAUUUCUAAUAUAACAUUAUACUGUGUGGCCAUAUUAGGUCCUGUUAUUGUGAUGACAAUUGUAGAAGGAAUUAUAUGCAAGAAAUGUAAACUUUCAUUUAAAGAGAAAAAGUAUUUCUGUGGUUAUUCCAUCUCCUACUACGUGUUUCAGUUGUAUCAUACAGUGGGUGUAUUUGCAUUUGGUGGUUGUAUAUCACAGUUAGCAACAGAUAUUGCCAAAUAUAGCAUUGGUCGGCUACGACCACAUUUUAUUGAUGUUUGUCAGCCAGAUCAGUCCUUGACGGAAUGUACACAUGAAUACAUUUUGAACUAUGAAUGCACCAGCAGUGAUGAAGAUAAGAUUCAAGAAGCUCGAUUAUCAUUCCCCUCUGGUCAUGCUUCAUUCUCAGCAUAUGCAAUGAUUUACUUAACAGUGUACCUUCAGUACAGAAUGGUGUGUCCAAAAAAUAGCCUGCUUAGACCAUUUCUUCAAGCAGGAGCACUCUUGACUUCCUGGUAUAUUGGACUUACUCGAGUAAUGGACUUCAUGCAUCACUGGAGUGAUGUUUUGUCUGGCUUCCUUAUCGGGACAGUUGUAUCGCUGCUUGUGGUUUUAUUCAUAGCGGAUUGGAAAAAACCACCGGACAGAAACUGCUUACCCGUUGGUACUUACACAACGUGUGAAGUAGAGCUCCAGUUGGAGAAUCAAGCUGUGUAGACAGUUCUGCUCAUGAUUGUGAUAAUGUUCCUAUAGGUAUUAAUGAAUUAGUUGCUUUUCUAACAAUAAUGUGUAAAAUAAGUUUAACUUACAGACGUAAUAGAAAAUAUCUGAAGUUACCGUGCUCUUAAUAAUUAACUCUUCAUUAGAUUCUCUCUUCUGAUACCAAGAUAAUAUAAUUGGUACUUGAUGAAAUUACAGAAUUGAGGAAAACAAAGAUAAAACUGUACGUUUCACUGAUACUUCAUUUUUACUGAACGUGGUUUCAUCAUUAAAGACAUCAUCAGUACAGCUGUAAUUGUAAAACCAUGGUAAUAAUAAAUCAAAUAGUAUCUUUGUUUUCAUCUAUUUUACAACCAAGAUAAUAGCUUGUUUCAGAAACUCAAAUAUGCUUGCUAAGGCUGUUUUUACAUAGGUCAUAGCUACCUUGUUUUUUGUUGUUUUUACAGUGAUUAUUACUUUUCAACAGGCAUUAUUACUUUGGAUCAUUUAGUAAAUGUCAGAAUAUGUUAGAUAAGUAAAAGACUUUAAUUAUCAAUGAGUAUUUGACUUUAAAUACCAUAUUAGGUUUACCUGAAUGAUGGGUAUUAUAGUAAUGCUAGAGGUUUUUUAUUCGAAUCAAUACUUAGGAGGACUGUUGAUUUAUUUAAUUACUUCUUUUAAAUAAAUAUGUGAUAAUUGAAUUACUGGUAGGUUUAUAUAGUACAAAUUAAUUAUAUUUUUAUAAUUAUAAUGUUAAAACUUGUAGUCAUGAUUAAUAUUGUAUACAUGGUAUAAAGAAAAUAAAACAUUCAUCCAAGCUGAUUA